GAAAAUGGGGUUUGGUUGGGUUGGGUAGAUCUUUUAAGGGCAACCCAUUUGUUCAUAUUCUUGUACUAUAUAUUCCUUCCAUUUCUCUUCUCAAGCUUUUCAACAAGUUUCUUUCUUUCUUACACCUCCAAGAAAACCCCCUUUCUCUCUCCUCUCUCUCUAUCUCUCUCUUCUGUUUAGGGCAAAAAUCACUCCCAAAUCCGGACAUCUUUCCUAGUAUGGAAAUGUAAGAAUCACACAUGCACAAAAAGCCCUAAAAACUCAGACUUUUAGAUUUCCAUUUAUAGAAACGCAAAAAAAAAAGAAAAAAAGACAUCUUUGGUAAUUUGAUUUUUAUGAUGAGCCUCCAAAUCCCUAAUUCCGACGCCAUAUCUGACGUCACCUCAUUCUUCUCAUUCGCCUCUUCUUCGUCUUCCUCCUCCGGCGGCGGCGGCGCCGCCAAGCAGAUUAAGAGAAUUCGAGAUUCCGGCGACGGCGGCGCCGCCGCUAGCAAGCACCCGGUGUACCGGGGCGUACGUAUGCGGAAUUGGGGGAAAUGGGUCUCCGAGAUCCGGGAGCCCCGCAAGAAAUCGAGGAUAUGGCUCGGGACCUUCUCGACGCCGGAGAAGGCGGCGCGUGCUCACGAUGUGGCGGCGCUGAGCAUCAAGGGCGCGUCGGCGAUACUCAACUUCCCCGAACUCGCCGCCGCCUUGCCGCGCCCGGUGUCCCUCAGCCCCCGCGACGUUCAGGCCGCCGCCGCGAAGGCGGCGGCGAUGGAGAACUUCGGCGGCCUGUCUUCCCCGUCGUCUUCUUCAUCGUCGUCGUCAAUGUCGUCUGUGGUGUCGUCCUCCGGCGACUUGUCUGCCACGUCAGAAGAACUGAGCGAAAUCGUUGAGUUACCGAGUCUGGCCGAGUCGUGCUUCGACUCGGUGGAGCUGCGGAACGACUUCGUGUUCGCCGACACCGCCGCCGGUUGGCUCGACGGCCCUCCGCCACCGUGGGACGAAGGCGACGUCGCCAUCUCCGGCUGCUUCGAAACCCUGCUGUGGAAUUAUUGAACACCUCACAAAUCAAUUUGUUUAAUUAGAUCAUCAUGGAUUUGUGAUUA